UGAACGUGGUACCUUCAGGUGUUUGGAAAUUGCUCUCAAGGAUGAACCAGAAUUGUGUAGGUCACAAUUUAUUUUCUGAGGUCUUGGCUGAUUUCUUUUUAUUUUCCCAUAAUGUCAAGCAAAGAGGCACUGAGUUUGAAGUUUCAGUCCCACUCCCACCAUCCUUGCCACAUCAUGGCGGCAUCUGCUGGUGAUAGCGGCAUCCUGGAGGAAGAGUUGACGUGCCCCGUGUGUCUGGAGCUUUACCGGGACCCCCACUUGCUGCCCUGCGGCCAUAACUUCUGCCUGCCGUGCCUGCGCAGACUCAAAAGCCGCUCGGACCGCGGUCGUUUGCGCUGCCCGGAGUGCCGUCAAAGCCACCGGAGCUCUGCCAACUGGCAGAAGAACUUCAAGCUGGCCAACAUCGCUGACCGUUUCCGGCGGCGCGGCCAAUCGGAGCGCUCCAACCAGAGCCAGAGUGACCCUUCCUGCAAACCUGCUGAGGUGCGUUGCGAUUACUGUCCAGAGGGCGCUGGUGAAGAUGGGAAAAGUGGCAUGGCGGUGAAAACCUGCCUGAAGUGUGAGGUGUCGAUGUGUCCGAAGCAUCUUCAACCUCACCUGGAGCUCCUGGCGUUCCGAGAGCACCCCCUGGUGGAGCCGCUGGAUGACAUGAGGAAAAGGAAGUGUGGAGAACAUGACGAGAUGUUCCGCUACUAUUGCUUGGAUGAGCGGCUGCUCCUCUGUAACGCCUGCACCAUAGAGGGAACGCAUGACAGACAUUCCAUAAAAACCCUGAAGAACGCCAUGAAAGAUCUCAAGGGUUAUCUUGACAUUCAGCUGCUCAAGGCGAACAGGAAGAUCAGAAGGGUGGAAAAGAACCACCAGGAACAAAAAGAGAUUGAACGGCAGAACAGGGUGUACCUGGACGAUACAGACCAGCACCUGGGUGCUUUCCGAGAGACUUCCAUUGCACAUCUGGAUGCAUUUCUCUCUUCGCUGCGUGAAUGUGUCAGCACUUAUGAUGUGGAGCAGUGUUCUGGAAUCCAGCAGAAUCUGAGCCGGAUAGCACAAGAUCAGACUCGUCUGCAGGAGGUCCACUCAGGCCUAGAGAGGCUUCUACUGGAGAAUGACCCAUUCCAGUUCAUUAGGGAUUACAAUUCAUCGGUGAAAAGGUACCGGAGACAGCUGAGAAAGCCUCUGUACUUCCCUGAUGAGCCCACAGUCGACACUGAGCCGCUGUAUGAAACUAUGGAAGGAAAGAUGGGGGAUUUCAUUGCUGAACUACGGCAGCACGCCACCACACUCAUCAGCAACAUCUGUGAAUUUGAUGGUGGAGAUGGUGAGGAAGAGGUGGAAGAUGAUGAUGAUGAUGAAGAAGAUGAAGAUGAUGGAAGCUUUUAUGAAGACAUUGACAGCAGCAGUGAUAUAGAGGGUGAGGAGGAAAUGAGGAGUGAGGAAGAAGAAGAGCAGAACCACAUCGAGUCAGUAGAUGAAGACUACACUCCAGAGGAGGAAGAGGAGGAGGAUGACGACAACUAGCACUGCAGAGUUCACAGAGCCAAAGACUGAUCCCAAACCAGCCACAAUCUCAUGUGUUCACACACAAUGCAUUUAUGAUGCACUGGAUUGCCAUUUGAAGUGUGUGUGCUGAGAGAGAGAGGAGCAUUAUACAGAAUGUUCUUAUAGUUAUACAUUUUUUGGUAAAAUGUUUGUUUUGUUGUUAUUUAAGCAAUAAGUAUGAAAUCUCUUAACAAAAAACGUGAUUCCACUAUGUCAAUUUGACAUGAAUUCUCUCCAUGAAGUGACCAUCUGCCAGUAUAUUUAAGAGAAUGGCUUGUGUGUUGAACUAGAGAUAUUAAAAAAAAAAAUUGUAUGUUCUUGACAGUAUUUUUUGUUUGAGGAAUAAAAUAUAAUAUAAUAUUAUAUAUAUAUAUAUUUCCAGUUGGAUCUGUUAAAAAGCUCAGGGUACAAAUGUUAAUAUAGAUUGCUCUUUGGGAUUGGCUUAAUUUGCACUUCAUUUUGGUGGUUUUCUUGUCUUUCUGUCAAUAUGUUUAACCCUUGUGCGUCAAUAAAAAAAGUUAAUCAGAGGUCCUUAGAGGACAAAAAUAUCAGUGUCAAAAUACUGCCAUAAUAUUUUAUAUUAAUAUUAUUUUCCACUUUCAAUGAGUUUUUUAACCAACAUCAGUCCUGAUCAUAACUACCAAAUAUUCAUUCAUUUUCAAGAUUUUAACCCUUUAAAUGCCAGUUUGUUUACAUAAUGCUACUGUUGUUUUUUCACACACACACAAAUUUCUCAAAACACACAUACAAAACACACCCACACAAAUUUAGCUACAUUAAUUAUUCAAUUGGCCUUCAGUGCUCUAUAAUACAGCAAACAGAAAAUAGGAAAAAAGCAUGUAUUUGCUCCAUAGGCUAAACAUGAGAAAAAUGGCGCCAUCUGGUGUAAAAUAUUAAACCAUUUAAAUUUUGAAGCCAGGGCUCCGGAAUGAAAGCGUAAUAUAGAAUUCAUGAUUUUAUGCUGUAAUGGCACUGGGAUCAAAUAUUACAGUUUUAAUGGGUUUCAAUGCGGACAUUUUUGUCCUGAAUGUCCUAAGUGUAACUAUUAUGUGUACACAGUGUAUUAUAGAUGUAUUAUAGGAACUGAGGUUGAAAUAUAAAAAAUCCCCCAAAAAUAUACACCUUUGGCAAAAUGUAUGCCGUUGGCAUUAACAUGAUCAAAAAAACAAAGUUGAAAAAGACACAAAUGUCUUGAAGGUCGCACAAGGGUUAAAAACCAAAUUUUGAUAGUGACUUUGCAAGAAGAGGUGAGGUGAUGUGAUGUUUUGGGAAAUAAUAUGUAAUAAAGUAUAGUUUAUUUAU